AUGUCGUCUUACCUCAAUAAUCUCCUCACCAACACGACAUCGCGCUACAACAACCUGCGACGACAGAUCCUAUCCGACGAGGCAGAUGGCGAUACAGAAGACGACUCGCACCUCUCGCGAGUACUUCGCGCAUAUUACACGGAAAAGGGCAGGCCCUUCCCCCAAUGGCUUCCACCAGACCCAAAGGGCCCUCAACCCACGACCCCGACGCAGUUCGCAUCUUCUUCGUCGCUGCGACAACAGGGACAAGCACCGCCAAUGGGCAGAGGAGGUGGAGGACUCAGCGAUCUGUGGGACACUCCUGCGCCGCAACAGCAGGCACAAGAACCACUGUCGCUCCGCCGAGGUGCAGGAGGACGUGGCGGAGGAGGGCGCCCGAUGCAAGGCCGACCCAUGGGCAACUCCAUGACGCCAGAGCCUCAAGUGCAGGGACGACCAUUGCCGAGUCAAAGGGCUGGUAGCUACCAGAGCUCGGUAGGAGGACGUUCUCAGGCCGAGUCUUCAUCACCACCACCAAGCGCAGGAGGGGGCACAUCCGCGCAGGAACGGCUCAAGGCCAGGCUAUGGGGGAGGUCACAGAGCCCAGCGCAGCGCGGACCAGCUUCAGAUUCUGGGAGCGCCAACCCGUCUAGCCCGCGCAGCCCAUAUGACCAAGGAGGGCGACCACCAUACCCAGAAGAGCGAAGCAACAGCUAUGGAAGUAAUGGCAGCGCUGGUGGAAGGCAGCAGGGCUAUUCUGGCAUGUCGGCAAACUCGCCUUGGACUGGCAAUGCCGAUCCAUAUGCGCCACAGAAUGGUGGAGGAUACGGGGGAAGUGCACCGCCACGCGGACCACCACAGGGCGGACGUAUGGGCCUGCCGAGUGGACCGCGCAUGCGCUGA